GAUGAUCCAAACAUUCUCGUCGCGGGUAUCUGAGCUCCUUCCGUUGCUGACGGAGCCCGCGGCUGCGUUUCGUGGCGAGUACUCGCGGCUGCGGGCCGGGGUCGAGCUGAUGGUGGGCGCGGCGGUGGUUGUUCAGCUCUGGCUGCUCUCGUUCCAGCUUAACAUGCCGUGGCGGUACACGCAGCUGGACAAGGUUGCUGGCUGGUCGCUGCUCGAGAACUCUCAGCUGCCGUUCAUGCUCAUGUUUUGGCUGGCUGCGUCGCUGCCUCUCGGGUAUGUGGGCGCGUUCUGGCUGGCGCGGUCGCCGCUGCUCCGUGCGGCGUGGCACGCCUCGCGCCUCGGGUUCUUCCUCGGGCGGUCGCUGAUCUUUGGCAUUCUGUUCAUGCCCAUCCUCAACUACAUGUUCCAAAUCCUGCUCUGUCCAAAGGUCAUGGGCUCGCGGCCGCGGCCCACUGAGCUGCACUGCUGGCAUGGCGAGCACCUCGGUGCGGCGGUCUACGCGCUUGCGGCUGCGAUCGUGCUCAUCUUCCAGGCGUUCGCUGAGGCGCGGACGUCGGACAUUCUCAUGCACGAGUCGUCGAACCCGCUGCGAACAGCGCGUCACAUUGUGUAUCUGCGGACCAAGGUGCUUGUGGGCGUGGCGGCUCUGACCGGGGUCAAGGUGUUUGGCCACUCGCAGCCGGUUGUGCAGCUGGUGGUCUUUUAUGUGGCGGCCGUGACGGCCAUCGUGUAUGUCUCGAUUCGGACCCCGUUUGUGGUCACGGUCCACGUUGACUCGUUUGGCCCGGGCGUGACUGAGCAGGAAAUGGAGCGGCGGGCACAGGAAGCGGCGCACGAGGUGCCGUCGGCACUCAACGAUGUCAUUGUUGGCCUCUUUACCGCGUGGCUCUUCUUUCUCAUCAUUGCCAGCGUCAACUACCGGGCCGGGUCGGCCUCGGGCGUCAAUGCUACACCGUACUUUAUGCUGCUUGGCAUUCCGGGAAUGGCCAUGAUCGGAUUCUACCUCUCGUGGGCGCGGCGCAACGUGGUCAAGCGCAGCUUGCCUUCAAAGCGCAAACUCCCUCCCCCAGGCACGCUCGAGGCGUUCUGGCGGCAUCCAAACCACUCGCACCUGGUGCCUGUGUCGGACAUGGGUGGGCACGCGGUGGCGAUGCGGGUGCUCUCGGACGCCGGCGCAACAGCGCUCAUGGCGCGGCUCGCCGAUGCCGAGCGUGGAACGCUCGCCACCGGGUUUGUGACCCGCCUCGAGAUUUUGGGUCCGAACCGCUACUCGCUGGCCAGCGCUGGCUGGCGCCGCGGCGGGCGCAUGUCUCGCAGCGGCCUUGGAGUGCUUGCCCCGCUGAUGGGGGAACACUCGCAGCUGCAGGCAUUUAAGCUCGAAGGCCAGGUGGUCGACGAUGAGUGCGUCGCCAAUUUUGCGCAGGCGCUGUCGGCCAACGCCUCGCUCGUCGCGCUCGAGCUGCCGAACAACGGUAUUUCCGAAUCUGGCCUGCUCUCGCUCGUCGGCAUUGCUCUCGGCACUCGUCUUGCCCGCCUUAAUCUCUCUGGCAACGUGGUUGACCCAUCCGCCCGUGCCCGAGUGGGCGACGCUGUCCGCGCCAUGCUCGCUACCGAAGCCGAGCGCCGCGGCGAUGACGGGCUGCCUCUGCUAGAAUUUGACGACUCUGUGGCUGGAGCGGUGGCAGCGGUGGUGGACGAGGACGACUCGACGCGGUGGGUGGUACUCGGCUACCAGAGUCAGCCGUCAUCGCGUGGGCCGAAUGUGCUGGAGGUCAAGGCGACGGGAGAGGAUGGGGUGGAGGAGCUUGCGUGGGAGCUGAGUGACGCUGGCAUUCAGUUUGCGCUCCUUCAGGUUGUGGAGCCCAAGACGUCGCUGUGGAAGCUGGUCUUCAUCACCUGGGUGGGAGAGUCGUCGCCGACCUCGGUCCGCACUUUUGUCAACCAGCACACGGCAGACGUGGCCAAGGUCUUCCGCGGCUACCAUGUUCAAAUCAACGCCCGCUCGGAGGACGACAUUGCUGAGAGUGUGGUGCUGGAUCUGGUGGCCAAGGGCGUGGGCGCAGACUACUCGGCCCACGGCGAGGGCCAGGGCAUGCGAUCGUCGGCGCCGCGGCCCAAGCCCAAGCCCAAGCCCAAGGGCUUUGCCAUCAAGGUGGCGGCCAAGCCCAAGUGUCAGGUGUGCAAGAAGGAUGUCUUCCCGGCCGACGCCGUCAAGGACUCGGGCCUGACCUGGCACAAGGCGUGCUUCCGCUGCUCGACCUGUGGCCUUGCGCUCAACCUCAAGAACUUCCGGUCGCUCAAGAACGUCCUCUACUGCGGGCCGCACCUGCCCAAGGCGCAGCACACGCAGGUUGCCGACGAUAUUCACACCCGCCGCGCUGUCUCGGCGCCGAAGCGCACCCUUGCGCAGGGCGCCCGCGUCGAUCUCGAAGGCGGCAAGAUUGUCGACCGCUCGCAGUUUGACGACGCCGCUUUUGAGCGCGAGUCGCACCUCUCGUCGGUCAACCAGUCGACUGAGAACCGCCCGUCCGAGUCGGCGUACCAGGGUGGUAUUGUUCCGGGCUCCAACACCGGGCCGGCCGUCCGCGAAUGGAGCAAGCCCAAGCCGGCCGAGCCGGUCGCCGAUGCCUCGGCAUCGUCGGGCUCGACCUGGGGUGCACCGCCGCCGUCGUCGUCUUCAAACUCGGGCGGCGGAUGGGGCGCUCGGCAGAACUCGACGCCUGCGCCUGCACCGGAGCCGGAGCCGGAGCCUGAGCCUGCUGCCGACGACGGAUGGGGUCAGGAGGCCGCUGCCGAGCCUGCCGCCGAUGCCGGUGGCUGGGGCCAGGAAGCCGCUGCCGAGCCUGCCGCCGAUGACGGUGGCUGGGGCGAGGAAGCCGCUGCCGAGCCUGCCGCCGAUGACGGUGGCUGGGGCCAGGAGGCCGCUGCCGAGCCUGCCGCCGAUGCCGGUGGCUGGGGCCAGGAAGCCGCUGCCGAGCCUGCCGCCGAUGACGGUGGCUGGGGCGAGGAGGCUGCUGCUGCCGACGACGGCGGCUGGGGCGAGGAGGCUGCUGCUGCCGAUGAUGGCGGCUGGGGCGAGGAGGCUGCUGCUGCCGACGACGGCGGCUGGGGCGAGGAGGCCGCUGCCGCUGAGGGUGAGUGGGACCCGAGCCAGUACGAGCAGUGCCGCGUGCUGUACGAGUACGACGCUGCCGAUGACACCGAGAUCUCGCUGGUCGAGGGCGAGAUUGUGUAUGUGUACGAAAAGGUGGCUGAGGGCUGGUGGAUCGGUGGCAAGGACGACGGCUCUGAGGGCAUGUUCCCGUCCAACUACUGCGAGCUCAUCGAGUAAGCUUGACCACACGCCCGCACCGUCGACGCAGCUGAUCGAUAGAUUGACCCCUCCCC